CAUUGCAUGGAAAUGAUUCGUUAUGGACGUUUGUGUUUCAUUUGUUUAUCUUUUUUUUGUUACUGUUUAUCCAUCAUCUGUAUUCAUUUAGCCUCAUUUGUGUGGAUUCAGGUUUCACCCUGGAAGGAGACUUUUGGUGUGUGGUUUUGAAAACACGACUUUAUGAUUUUAAAUUCAUAGAUUCUUAAGUUAUUUGCUACUUUGCAUUUCCUCCUUGUGGGGAUUAAGGUCUUAUCCCACUCCAAAGAAGAAAAGGAAAAUGUCAUUUGGCAUCCAAAAAUUUAGCUAUGUUUGCUCUUAAGAUUUCUUAAGGUAUCAAUGCUGUUACACUCAACCUGUUACUAUUAAGUUUUGAGACAAAGAGAUUUUUCUAGAGAUUAUAAAAAGUAGGACCUGGUACAAAUCAUCUAUAUUAAAGAAGAUUCUAUAAAGAGAAACUUGUUUUAUCGUUUGAAAAAUCUGCAAGAUAUUAAAGACAUGUUCUGUACACUAUAUUACAAAGCUUUGCCCAUUCCCUAUUCUAGUUCAUUUUGAAUAAAUAACACUUAAUGUGAAUAAAUGUAUAUAGAGCUAUCUUUGAUAAUAGUGAUCCUAAGGAGAAGCUAAGAAUAACUUCUUAGAAUAAUUAGUAGCUUAAUUUCAAAGUAAGGAAAAAUUUUGCUCCUUGUGACUCUACAGUUGAGCAGAGGAUAUUGGUUGAAAGAUUUUCUCUAAAAUCAGAUUUCAUUUUAGUUCAAGCCUUUAUUCCUCUGUACUUACAUUCCUUUAGUACAGAGGCACUUCUCUUCUAGAUUUGAAUAUUUCUUAAUCCAAAGAUCUGACCUGUGCCUUCUUUGAUUAAUGAGAUAUUUAUCCAGAACAUAAUGCCAAUCUCAUGAGUUUUUUCUAGUUUAAAAGUUUUUGAUUUUACACCAAAUUUUAUCCUGUGUGAAACCCUAUGGAAAGCCAUGUGAGUCUGUUUGUUAGUAUGUAACAUGUUCAUUUAUAUGAUCUGUGGAGUCUUUUUAAUUUUGAAAUCUUUAAAACAAAACUCUCCUUUUUGUGUUCUUUUCUAUAUAGCAGUAACUUUUUUUUUUCUGCCUUAGAAGAGUUAAAAUGCUUUUGUAGUGGGGAAAAAGAAGCUUUUAGCUAAAUCUGAAACAUGUUAGUAAACUGAUCUUUCACUGUAAUCCAAAAUUACAGACCAUUUCUUUUCAAACUUAUAAAUUUUGUUUCCUUGCCAAUGUUUUUCACCUUUCUAAAAAUUUGUCUCCUUGUUAUACUCUUUGCUCUCCUUUAAGUGAUAAACUAAGAUAUUUGUUUUAGAAAAAUUUGUCAGAGAAAGACUUUCAAUUCUAAUUAACAAAAAUCUGCUGAUGAGUAGAUUAGUUUGAUUUGUGGCCCAUUACUUGUUGCAGAGAUAAGGAGGCUGUGUUUAGACUCCAGUUCCCUAACCCCAACCCUAACCCUGAAUUCUCUGUUGGAACCCUAGUACUCAAUGUAGCCAAAUCACUUAGAAUCAUAGACCGUGGAACCUUUGAGAUUUGGUUAAAGCCCCACAAACUCUCAAGUAAUUUCUAUUUGCUUUUGAGUCCUUCAAAACAUUUUUUUCCUGAUAACUACAAAGACUUGUAUUAAACAGAAGGGGACACUGAUCUCUAGGAGGUCCACAAGGUUACUUAGAUUCUUCUUCUUUUAUUGUGUGAAAUAUUAGUCACUUUGCACCCAGUGGGAUUGAGAGAUACAGUGGGAGAGGAGAUAUGACUGCAGCAUAAAGUUACAGCUUUUCUCUUACCUCAUAUUUUCAUCUCAGGAUAUAAAGUAUCUCAUUACAAUAAGCAUUUACUCUUUUUAAAAAUUUCAGUCUAGCAAAAUUAUUAAAUGCCUAUUGUAUGCAAGAUACUAUGCUAAGCAUUGUGGGUACAAAGGUGGAAAAAACAUUCCUUGCCCUUUGGAAUUGGUCCAAUCUAGCAAGGGUAUGUGUUGGGACCUAGAUGCAAUCUGAAAAAAUUAACAUGAGUUAGAACAUGCAUAUGAGAAAGACAGAACAGGGUAGGAUGUGAGAUUGAAGAAGAAAAGAAACAUUUCUAGCAUGUGGAGAAGCUAAGAAGGUUUUAUAGAGGAGGUGGCACCCUGAGCUGGGCUUUUAAGAUAGGAGCAGAAUUUCAAGAGGCAUUUGGAAAGCCUUUCUCAUAUGGGAAGUUUAGUUAUUCAAAUACAUAGUGGUAGAAACUAGCUGGAUGAGAUCAAGGUGAGUAAUCCACAUUUUUCCAGGAGCAUAUGUGAAAUAAGCCUGGAAAGAGGGUUUGGACUUUGUGGGAACCUUUAAUGUCUAUUUAAAUAGUUUACAUAUGAUUCUUUAUUCAAUAAAAGAUCAAUGAAGAUAGAGGACUUACUUAGACACUCAAAUACUGUAUGUCUCCUUUUCUUAAAGAGGAAGAUAUUUUAAAUAUGUCUCAAAGACCAAGCAAGAUCAUUAAUCAUCUGCCUCUCAUCCCUUAUCUUGCCUAUUUAGAGAAGUGGUAUGAAAUUUGUUUGGAAAUCAGAGGUAAGAGAAGACUGACAAAGGCCCUACAUUUGGGCUGUAUUGUAUUAUCAUUGACUGGAAGUGGACAGUUUUAUGCUUCAGUUCAUGACCUAAGAAGCUGUCUCUAGUCAAGGGUGCAUUGGACAUAGAAUCAGAAAGACCUGAGUUUUAAAUCUUGCCUCAGACACUUGAUAGGGCAGAAAAUAUUUCAAUUCCAUAGAUCUGAGCUUGCUUAAGUUGCCAGACCUUUAGCUUGCUACUCAGAAAAAAAGGACUUCAGAGUAGGAUUGAAGAUACUUGACUGACCAGAGUAUGGAAGCAUGAUUUGAGGUUAAAAUCAUGGAAUCCUUUAGAAAACAAAUUGACUUCUACUAGAGGAGCCUUGUUUCUGCCAUCCUUUUAUUUUAAAAGAAAUCUGAACUUGUUAAUAAACAAAGUGGAGUUAACAUUUCAUGGAACUUGGUUUGAUCUUAGUAUUCCCAAACUACUUCUUGUUCCUUGAUUGUGUAUCUUCCCACCUGGUGAAACUUUUAGUGUAACUGCAAUAUAUGUAGAAUCUAUGGUAUUUUAAAUUUACUCUAAUAACAUGACAAUUUUGUUCAAGUUAUAGUAGCCAUUACAUAUAACAUUCUUAGAGUUUACUUUCACUAUAGGUUCAGAGCACUGAUAAGUAUCAAGUCAAACCUGGCCUUACCUAUUGGUUUCUAGGUAAUCAGCAUCUGGAUAAUGAAGAUUGAUUGAGCUAAUAGUUGAGUCUCUCUUCACAUGUCCUCAUUGCCAGAUUUCCUCUGGUUGCAUAUUAUGAGGGCCUAGAUUUGGUUUCUUUUCCCUUUAGUAAUGCUAAUAAGUGUUUAGAAUUCAAAUAUAUUCUAGAUAUCAUAGACCCUAUGGUACCAUGUGACAUGGUGAUAGACUAGGAAUUAAAAGGUCCAAGUUUUCAACUUGGCUUUGUCAUUAACUAACUGAAUUUAGGAAAGACAUAUAACCUAAUUGAGUUUCAAUGCCUUGAUUGCAAAACAGGGAUAAUAGUAGUUUGCCUUUCUCACUUCACUGUCCUAAGCACUAAAUGAGAUGUCAAAGUGGUUCAAGAGUAUACAUACAGUUCUAUAUAAAUUUAAAGUAAUAUUAUUUCAAAGGAAGCAAUUUCAUCAAUAUGCCUUAUUAUUCCUGCCAUCCUUUAGCAUUACCCCUCCACACCUUAGUAAAUGGCAUCAUGAGUUUUUAUGACCAAGAGUUUCAUCACCUUCUGGCCAAACUUUUAGUGAUGAAUUGAUAUAAGUACUAUUGUAUAGUUUGAUGAGAGACCCAAGUAAGUCAGAUCAUCUGAAGGACAGUGGAAGGAGUACCACGUGAAAAAUGUGGGAAAGAUCUGUCAAGAUUUCUAUAACAAAGAUUUUGUCCAUCAAUGGCCAUGGAGCUAUCACAUUUGAAUUCUGACAUCACAAUCCCCAGAGUGUUGUAUGAGAAUCUUCCUUACUGCAUAAGGCACGAAGGAAAAUGAAAAUAGAAAGACUUGCCCUACUGGACUUCAUGGUAUACACUGAAAAAGUCUAUCCUGGAGGCAGCAACUAUUUGAGGAUAUUGAGAGAUGAAUUCUCAAGAUUUAUGAAAGAGGGAAGGGUACCAAAUUUUUCAAAAUCAUUGUUGGUAAUUGAGAGUAUCAGUAAUCCCUGACCCACAUAUAUAUUUUCUCAUUUAUACAAGACCUUUAUAAACUACACACAUAUCAAGGGCAUCUUUAGUUAAGACCAAUGAAUCGAGCUCAGAGUCGAUAGCAUCCUCCCCUAAACAGGACACCAUGAGUAGUUUUCUGCCAGAGGGCGGGUGUUAUGAACUGCUCACAGUCAUAGGCAAAGGGUUUGAGGAGUUGAUGACAGUGAACUUAGCCAGGUACAAACCAACAGGAGAACAUGUCACAAUACGGAGGAUUAACCUAGAGGCUUGUACCAAUGAAAUGGUGACAUUCCUGCAGGGAGAACUGCAUGUCUCUAAACUCUUCAACCAUCCCAAUAUCGUGCCAUAUCGAGCCACCUUCGUUGCUGACAAUGAGCUUUGGGUUGUCACUUCUUUCAUGGCAUAUGGUUCUGCAAAGGAUCUCAUCUGUACACAGUUCAUGGAUGGCAUGAAUGAGUUGGCAAUUGCAUACAUCUUGCAAGGGGUGCUAAAGGCACUAGACUACAUCCAUCAUAUGGGCUAUGUACACAGGAGUGUUAAAGCCAGCCAUAUCCUGAUCUCAGCCGAUGGAAAGGUCUACCUGUCAGGCCUGCGCAGCAGCCUCAGCAUGAUCAGCCAUGGUCAGCGGCAGCGUGUAGUCCAUGACUUCCCCAAGUACAGCAUCAAGGUCCUACCUUGGCUCAGUCCUGAAGUUCUCCAGCAGAAUCUUCAGGGUUAUGAUGCCAAAUCUGACAUCUACAGUGUGGGAAUCACAGCCUGUGAGCUGGCCAAUGGCCACGUCCCCUUUAAGGACAUGCCUGCUACCCAGAUGCUUCUGGAAAAGCUAAAUGGGACAGUGCCCUGCCUGCUGGAUACAACCACCAUCCCCGCUGAAGAGCUGACCAUGAAUACCUCCCGUUCAGGUGCCAACUCUGGCCUGAAUGAGGGUCUUGCCGCCAGCACCACCCGGAACUCUAAUGGGGACUCCCCCCCCCACCCUUACCAUCGCACUUUCUCACCCCACUUCCACCACUUUGUGGAACAAUGCCUACAACGCAGUCCUGACUUCAGAUCAAGCGACGUGCCUCAGAGGCCCUUCCUGAAUUGCUCCGCCCUGUCUCCCCCAUCACCAACUUUGAAGGCAGCCAACCCCAGGACCCCAGUGGCAUCUUUGGCCUGGUAUCAAGCCUGGAUGAGUUGGAGAUGGACGACUGGGAAUUCUGAUCCCCUGGAGGCUAUGUUCGUUCCCCAGAUCCCAGAAGACUUGAUGGGGGAAGAAAUUUGCAAGUAUCAAGGUGUAAGAACAGAUAAAACAGAGCUGAUAAAACAGUUUGUCAGCUCUCUCUCUAUCCUGCCUGUUGUCAGUGUCCAUAUAAAAUCUGAUGACCAGAACAGCACACACCACUCCAGAUACAGCAGGACUCAUCGCCAUGGUUUUCCUGUUUAUUCGGCUUAAGAUUGUCUUCCAAGUUACACUUGUGAUUCAUUGAUUUUUCAAUCCAU